AGACAAUCUGCCUCAUCCUGAUUCUUCAGCAUCCCAGCCGGUGUUCUUGGGCUUCUCUCAACAUUGUUAUGGUGCAGAAGAUUUAACAUCAGCUGAUGUUCCCACGGAAUAGAGUCACGUGAUGUAUGAGGGGAAACACAUACACUUCUCCGAGGUUGACAAUAAGCCUUUGUGCUCAUAUAGCCCCAAACUGUGCAAGCAGCGGCGUCUCAACGGCUACGCCUUCUGCAUCCGACACGUGCUGGAGGACAAGUCCGCCCCCUUCAAGCAAUGCGAGUAUGUGGCCAAAUAUAACAGCCAGCGCUGCACCAACCCCAUCCCCAAGUCCGAGGAGCGCAGGUACUGCAGUAGCCACCUGCAGGUCCUCGGCUUCAUCCCGAAGAAAGAGAGGAAGAAAAAGAACGAGCCACUAGAGGAGGUGAAGGCCCGGCACCCGGUGGACACCAUGGCCUUCAGCCUGGCGGUGCCCACGUUGUCCCUGAAGAUGCCCAACGGGCUGGACGGCCUGUCCCUCUCGCCGCCGGGCGCCAGGGUCCCACUGCACUACCUGGACACGGAGCUGGACGACCCGUUCGCCUUCCCUGAGGAAGAAGAGGACCUGAAGAAAGGGGCUACAGUGCGGAGGAAGCUGCAGAAUAAGCUGGCCCAGAACCGGCAGCGCCAGCGCGACGCCGACACCCUCAAGGUCCGCCAAGAGCACUUUAGCCCCCCUCCCGUACCCCCCUCGCACCUGUCCCCGCUGCCCGCCUCUCUCCAGCCACCGGCCCCGCCACAGGGCUCCGUGUGCCAGUCCCCGCCACCCCCGCCCACCACCAGCCCCCCGCGGCAGGCCGGGGGUCCCGACACGCACCCCCCAGCACAGGCCAGGCCGGGCCCUCCCAAGAGGCCGGCGCCCCUCCUGCCGUCCAGCCGGCCGCCUUCGGGGGAGCCUCCGCGGACUGACCGGGUGCUGAUGAGAGCCGCCACCUUGGCCCCCCGCUUCUCCUGCAUCAGCCAGCUGCAAAGGCUGGUGAAACUCUGCACCCAGAAACACCAGCUGGACACCGACCUGUUCCCCCACUUGGGGCUGGACUGGUCGGAAGAGAGUGGGGAAGAGCUAGAGGACUCGGAACAAACCUCGCCCUACCAGGUCGCGUGGUCCAUCCGAGAGACCCUCAGAUACCAACGGAGCACGUCAGACGAGGAUGAUGCGGAGAGCAGGAGCUCGCGGGUGACCCAGCUGUGCACUUACUUCCAGCAGCGGUACAAGCACCUGUGCCGCCUGCAACGGGCCGAGUCACGCCGGAGCAGGUGCGGGAACCCCCUGCGCAAGGCUUUGCUGCAGGCAGCGCGGCGGGAGCCCGAGCGCACCGGGCAGCUGAUGCAGGAGCUGCAGACUGCCACAGGCACGCAGGCCAGCAUAAGCCGGACCAAGUUAAGGGAGGCGGAAGCAGCAGCGUGCAGUGGCACCUCCAAGGGCGAGCAGUGCACCAACAAGGCCCUUCCGUUCACCAGACAUUGUUUCCAGCACAUCCUCUUGAACCGUUCUCAGCAACUCUUCUCCAGCUGCACAGCCAAGUUUGCAGAUGGGCAGCAGUGCUCCGUGCCCGUCUUUGACAUCACGCACCAGACACCGCUUUGUGAGGAACAUGCCCAGAAGAUGGAUAAUUUCUUGAGAGGAGACAGUUCCCGUAAAGUUCAGCACCAGCAGCAGAGAAAACCCAGGAAAAAAACCAAGCCUCCUGCACUUACCAAAAAACACAAGAAGAAGAGAAGGCGUGGUCCUCGGAGACCCCAGAAGCCCAUCCCCCCGGCCGUGCCUCAGGGGAACCUCAGCAUGCCCGCCAGCGUCUCACUGCCAGUGGAGUCCUCUCACAUACGGAGUCCGUCCACCCCGGAGCUGAGUGCUGAUGAGUUGCCAGAUGACAUUGCCAAUGAGAUCACUGACAUUCCACAUGACCUGGAGCUGAACCAGGAGGACUUCCUCCCCGACGACCUGCAAGUCUUUGAUUUCUUUGAAGGAAAGAAUGGAGACCUCAUCCCCACCCCCGAAGAGGCUGAGGAGCUCGAACGGGCCUUGCAGGCUGUCAGCUCCCUUGAGUGCCUGAGCACCAUCGGGGUCCUGGCCCCGGCCGAGGGCGUGCCAGGCCAGGAGCUGGCCGACCGGGCCAUCGGGGUGUUCUCGGCGGGCACGGGCACCCCUGGCAUUCGAGAAGUCAAUGCGGACCUCGGGGAGCUGCUGAAUGGACGCAUGGUCCCCGAGCCCUUCCCAAGCCUGGAGCUGGACGACAGCCUGCUGGGCUCGCCACCCCGUCUGGCGGGGCAGCUGCCGGGCCCAUUCCCUGCCCCUGCCAACGUGGGCCUUACCCCCGCUGCCCUGAUGAGCCCUGGUGCGCUGGCCCCGUUCCCCACCGGCCUCCCCGACAGCCAGGCCACCCCAAGGCCCCACGGCAAGGCGGACGACCUCGCGCCCUCACGCCAGCAAUACAGCAGCGACCACUCGCACCCCUCGCCCCCCGCAAGCCAUUACGACAGCGAGCCCGCACCGUCCCCGUACAGUGACCACAUCACCUCGCCCCACACCGCUCCGUCCUCCUUCCCUGGUGACCACUUGGUGGCCCCCUUCUCUGCCGAGCUGCCCAGCCUGGCUCAACACCUGCUGCCGCCUGGCCAGCUCGAGGGGCCCCUGGGAGGCGUCGUCAACCCCAGGACUCACUGGGGACACCUCCCCGGUCCCCUGGGGGACCCGUCACCCUUCAGCAACCUACUAGGUUCUGACGGGCACCUCCUGUCCACGUCCCUGUCCACGCCGCCCACCACCUCGAACUCAGAGACUACCCAGCCUGCCUUCGCCACCGCCACCCCGACCACUGCAUCUGGCGGGCUGCCCGGUCGGCCGCAGAGCAGCUACAGCAGCCUGGGUCCCUCAGCCGAGCUGGCCUCCACCUCACCCAAGCAGCAGCUUCCCCAGUUCAGUGCCGCCUUCGGCCACCAGCUGACAUCGCACAGUGGCAUCCCCAAGGACUUGCAGCCCAGCCACAGCUCCAUAGCCCCGCCGACGGGCUACACGGUGACUGGGGCCACUGCUACGAGCACCAACAACUCGGCCACCUCCCCAUUCGCCUCCCCGAAGUGAGUGUAGGCGGCCGGGCUGGCAGGCAGGCAGGUGCGUCGGGCCGGGUCUGGGGGCAGACAAGGACACGCCGUGUUUUCUAGCUUCCUUUUCCCCUCUCGAUCGGUCGCCCCAACUUUCCUCCUUUUCCUAUAGAUUUAAAAACAAAAAACAAAAAAAUAAAAAUGAGCAGUCGGGGGAGCCUUCCUGGGGCACCUCCCUUUCCCGCUGAGACAAGCCGUCCGCCGUGGUCCUGGCCGCCUUGGGCACCCAGGACUGCUCUGGGCACUGGUGCUCAAUCCUUCCCCGAGGCCUCACUGCACCUUGGGCUUUCCUGAGUGGCUCAGCACAGUGACUGGCUAGAAGGGAUUUUAUUGUUUUCUUUCUU